GGUUCGGUUGCUUGAUUCGUGUAGUUUGAGCAUGAAGGAGAAGGUUGUAGUCGUGAUUUCGAGAAUCUCAACGGUGGAGAGCAGUAAACACGUGUUGAUAGCUGAAGGGCUGUCUCUACUGAACCACCUCCUUCGUGUGUUGGAAUCAGGAAGUGGUUUCUAAAUCAACAUCAAAGGUUUGAUUAGAGCAAGGUGAAGUUACUCGUUGAAACGGUUUGGAGAGAAGAGUAAUGGAAGAUGUUGAAGUCGAAAGGUAAGAGAAGAACGAAGUUAUGGUUACGACGUUAUCAGUCGCGGAACGAAGUGGGCUAUAAGAUGCAGAACAAACAGGCCAAAAACAAACGAAGCUCAAAACAAAAUAAAUCAAAGAUGACAGAUGACGUGGAUGAUUGUUGCAAUAUUACUGGCUGAUUUUUUCAGCUGACGUGGACGCGCUUAGAGGACUUGAUAUCUUCCUUUUAGUAUUGUGAUUUCAUAUACUUUAUGUCCCUUUAGACUAAUUAUUUUCAAAAUGACAAUAAUGCCCUAAAAUUAUUAAUUUUAAUUUCCUAAUUAUACUUGAAAAAUAAUUUUUAAAUAUUAAAAUACAAUAAAUAAUUAAAGUAAUUUUAAAAUUCUGUAAAAAAAUGAACGUCGUGAUUCUGGAUCGAGCGAGAUCGAUCGAUCCAGUAUUGUCUGGUCGAUCCAGAUCAAUAUGCAGAAAAUUAAAAAAAACGCGGCACAUAUUCUGAUCGACCUGGACCAGUUCAGUCGUUUGUCACAGAUCGAUCCAAUACAGAUCGACCGAUCGCAUAUCCAAAUCGAUCGAUCUAGUGCCCAUGUAAGUCUCCCAAAUCGAUUUUAUGGUUUUCUUUGGUUAAAUCCGGUUUGAUUCCCACUUAAUUUGAACCGACCAAACACUAUUUCAACGGUCUAUAUUCGAUUUCUUUGUGUUCAAACCCAUUAUUUCUCUUGUACUUCACGAACAAAAGGGAGAAACUCAAAGUCCCAAGUUCAUAAACCCUAACUCACUCAAUUUCACUCUGCUUUGGAUGAUUCUUCCGUCCUACCCACACGAUUUCGAAAGCUUUUUUCAAAUCUAUCACCCUCUCGUUCGAUCUGCAAAGGUAUCAAACUCUUUCUCCACUUUUUGAGUUCAAAAAUUGUAAGGUAAAAGGUGAAAUUUUUGAGUUUGUUAUGAUGUUUAGGCUUCAAUCUUGUGUUAAGGUGAUGAUUAGGGACGAUUUCGCACACAGCCCAUGCCUUAAAUCGUAAUUUUAGGAUAGAAUUAUGAAUUUUAGGUUUUGUUUUAAAAAAAAAAAAUCAAAAGACCAGAAAGAAUUGAUACUGUGAGAAUGCUAAUUUUUUUGAUGCUAGUUGUUGAGUUGCAUUAACUGUGACAUUGGUUAUUGAUAGAGUAUUAAGAGACAUUAUUAUACCGAGCUGUGAUAUUGGUUUUUGAUAGCUAAUCGGAUUUAUUAUGUUUAAUUUUCAGGUAUGGAUUUAGAGUUGUCUAGUCGUAUAUACAGUGAGGGCUUAAAACCUCAGGUUAAGAAGAUUAAUAAUAGUUGCCGAGUAGAACUUCUCGAGUUUCUGAAAAAAAAUGAAGCCAUAAUUCGAUGGAGUGAUGGAAGAUCCCCUUUUCUCGCAUAUUAUGGUUAUCAAAAAGAAUAAUCUGAAGUUUUCAGCGAGGCUGGUACACUCUUUCUUGUCUAAGGAGUUGAUGACAAGCAAGAGACAUGAGAAGUGGUUCAUCUUUGCUAGGAGUCCUCUCCGUUUCGGAUUGCAAGAGUAUCAUGCUGUACCAUUGGUCUGAAAGUGAAGCAAGAGAAGAACAGUGGGUUAGUGACAUGGAAAGAUGAUGAUGGUUUUUGGAGCAUGCAGAUAAGGACUAAUGGGAAAAUCAACUUGCAGAACAUUAAAAAAAGUAUUUGGAAGAGAGCAGUAGCCGGACUUGGGUUGAUAGGGUGAGGCUGGUAUAUCUUUGCGUUAUUAUGGGUGUGGUGAUGGGGAGAGAUGAGAAGGUUAAUAUCCCACAUCUGUACAUGAAGUUGGUGAUGGAUUUGGAGAAGCUUCGUAAUUACCCAUGGGGUCUGUACUCAUUCGAUUUUCUGCUGAACCAGAUUGAUAAAACAAGGGAUAAAUUGGAGCAGAAAGAUGAGUACCUCAUGGAAGGAUUCUUGUUUGGUUUCCAGAUUUGGAUAAUGGAAGUUAUUCCUGCUUUAGGAGAGAUUUGUGGCACCAAAGUCAGCGACAAUUUCACAGGUCCUUUGUGUGGUAAUUGGAGAGGAUGUGUAAAUGUUCUUAUGAAGAUAUCAUUGGUGUUGAGACUAUAUUUCCAGAUAAUGUAUGGAACUAUUUUUGUAAUAAAAAUGUUUUGAUUGUCUUGUUUACUUUACUAAUGAUUUGAUUGUUUUGUAGGGAAAUUUGCAUUCAUUCAUGGAAUUCCACAGAGAUGGAGUGGUCCUGUUGGCUACUGAUUUUGCAAGAAAGGAUGAAAAGAAAGAAGAAAGAGCGGAUCACAUUGUGGAUAUGAUCCAAAGAAAACAUGAUUGGAGCAAUCAUGUUUGGGGAGUAAAAAAAGUUACAAGCUCUGAAUUUGAGGAAGCAGACAAAGAGGAAGGAGAGGAUCAAACACCUGGUACUGAAAUUGGCGAGAACAGUCAUGUUGCAGAGAAUGUUGAUGGCACAAUUGAUGUUUCAGGAAGAAACAAGAGAAAGCAUGCGGAUCGAGGAGCAGAGUCAAGGAAGAAGAAGGUGUUGUGCCAACUAGCUGUUUUAUCGAAAGGGAACAUUGACACAAAUAUGAAAAGUUCUUAGAGGAUAUGGUACAAGCUUCUUUUACAACUUUUGACAAGAAAUUCAGUCAACAAUUCUCGGAUAGAAUUGACAAGUUUGAGACAGUGGUAACCGACAGGUUGGGAAAGAUUGAGACUGGGGUUACACAGCUAAGGACAACUUCAGAUAGAACUGAGCAGUUUGAGACAGUUGUAACCGAUAGGUUGGAGAAGAUUGAGGCUGAGGUUACACAACUCAGAACAACUGUACUAACAACUGAAUUGGUGGGGAAGAGUGAUCAACGAAGCGGUCCUAGCAAGAGAAAAAUUGACACUGCUCCUAGCACGAGCAAAAAAGACACAGCUCCAUCAAAGAAAAAGGUAACCACUAAGAGUCAGCGUUAAAAGUUAUUGGAACUUGGAAGUUUGGAACUAGGCGAUGAAAUGUAGGUCUUUGAAACUAGGUUGUUGGAACUUGGAACUAGGCGGUAUCACAUUUUGUAACUGUAAUAUGCUUUGUUUGAACUUGAUGUUUUUGUGUGUGAUAUGUAUUUGGAACUUCACGUUUAUGUAAUGGAUGUAGUUUGAAGUUGACAUUUGUGUGUUUAAUAUGAUUUUGGAACUUGUCGUUUAUGAUAUUCUACUCUUUGAUAUCCUUUAAUGUUUUUCAACAGGUUUGUAAAAAAAAAAGAGUUAAAGACUGAUGAUUUGUGUGCAUUAAAUAUAUUAAAGGCAAAAAUGAUACAAAAUAAAAAUUAGUCUAAAAUGAAUAAUGCUAUCAUUUUUUUGGCAUAAAAAAACAAUUUCCACUAUAAUUUUUACCCUCAUCAUCAUCAUCAUCAUCACAUCUCCUUGUUAGAGAAGUUACGUUUCCCUUUUUUUUCCUUUUUCUUUUUGCUAAAGUUACGUUUCCUUUUUAACACUGUUUCUCCUUCUUGCUUCCACCACAAGACCUCACGUUUCCUUUUUAACGCUAUUUCUCCUUCUUGCUUCCACCACCAGAUCUUGAGUCACGUCGUAGCUGCUAGACCUUCAUCUCCGUGAGACCAUGGCUAGAAAAAGUUCUGGCGUUAUUAAUAUCCCUCUGGAUCUAAUGGUAGAGAUACUCGAGAAACUCCCUACCAAAUCUCUAGCGAGAUUUCGAUGUGUCUCCUAUCAGUGGGAAAGUAUGAUCAAUAAGUUCAUAGUCAUUGACUCGAUCAUGACACGGAGAUUGAAUCAACCACCCCGUGAUCCCCACUUCCUCUUCAAGAGGCAUUGGUUCCAACCACGGCUUGAUCAUAUACCUCAUACCAUCUUAUCGUAUACUUAUCUUUAUCAUCAAGUUACAGACGAACAACAACUCUAUCACGAGGAGAUCAUUGAAAAAGAAGAAGGCUAUCUGAUGGGCUUUCAGUAUGCACGUGGUUUGAUUGGGUUUUGCUGUUCACGUAAUGAUCAGUUCAGAAUACAUAACCUUACAACAAGGCAAUCUCUUUUCUUACCCGUUACACGUUUACCCGGAAGCUUGUUUUACUUAUUCGGGUACGACACUUUCAAGAAUCAAUACAAAGUCUUGUGUCAAACACAAAACCAACAUGGCAUGCCUUGGAAGCUUUUCAUAUUGGGAGAUGUCUCAAAAGAGUGGGACAUCCAAUGCAGUAUUGGAGUUCACUUCCUUUUCGAACAAGCAAUUUGCAUCAACGGGGAAAUCUAUUACAUAGCAAGGAACGCAAACUGUACUCAUGUUUUGGUGAGUUUCGAUGUUAGGCAUGAGAAAUUUAGUUAUGUUCAGACUCCGGGAAAUCUUUUGGCUUAUCAUCACCAUGAAGAUUUGACUAUUGUAAACUACCAUGGGAAGUUAGGGUGCAUAUGUCGAAACAAAGUCGAUGUGGAUAUGUGGGUUAUGCAGGACGCUAAGAAACAAGAGUGGUCGAAGAUUACAUUCUUAGACAUGCUUCAAAGUUUACCAAAAUUGAAUACCAGAUUUGCGGGUGUCGCUAAUCCUGGAGGCGAAAUCGUUAUAGUCCAUCAACCUCAUCUCAUCAUUGAGUUGGCACUAAAUGUUUAUUAUUAUGAUACGAAACAAAAUGGUCUUAGAAGAUCUGAAAUCCAAACUACAAGCCCUAGUGAUCUAGUUUCAAUCAGGGCUGUCAUGGAUCAUGUUGAGAACAUCAUGCGUUUGAAAUUCUCUGCAUUAGUUAAGAGUUUUGGAAUACUAGAUAUUUUUUAA